ACUUCUCCGUACAACUCAUGUUUUAGACGACCAUGAGGAAGAUUUGAUGAAUGAUGCUCCCACUCCAACCAUUGCCACUCGAGAGAGCAGCAGUAGCACCUUAGUUUUAGAGUCCAAUGAAGAUGAUAUGAUGAACGAUGAUGCAACCGAAAUCAUAACCCCUCAAGGAAGUUACAGUAACACCCCUGUUUUAGAAGCCACUGAAAAUGAAACCCAAAUAUUUGAAUUGGAGUUACCAUUAUCUCAUGAAUCAGGUGACACAGUGAAUGAUGUUGCCUCCCCAAUCAUUGACCAUCAAGAGAUACCAACAGGUGAAACAAUGAGUACUUCUGAUGAUAAGAUUGUAUUGCCGAAAAGAGUGAUCGAAGCUGGUACAGAGGUACGCUUUUUGGAUAGAAUUACCAAGCGUAGUAACCUGAAGUUGGUCGAUAAAGUUAAAAAGUUUUUGGGCCCUGAAUUCAGAAAGCUUGAAGAUUCAUUCUUGGGUCCUAUAAUUGAGAUGGGAAGGAGGCAGAAAAAUAUGGUGUUUUCAAGGCAUUUGAUUCAUCUCUUACUUUUAAGGAGAAUUGAUAUAGGAGACAAGGAUCUAUGGUUUUCUUUCGGAGAACAACCAAUGAGGUUUUCCCUAAGAGAAUUCCAUUUGGCAACGGGUCUGCCUUGUAUUGCUGACAUAGAUGAAGAGCAAGUGGAGACUUCUGGAAGGAAAAAGAAGAAGAAGAAAGAUCCACGGAUGAAUAAGGAACAAACUUUAAACAGCUUGGUUAAACUACUUGAGAAGAACAGUAAAGAGUUUACUGAUGAUCAGAGAUUGAGAUUGGGGGCUUCAAUCCUUGUUGAAGGGAUAUUAAUGGCAAUCAAUCCAGUGACUCGUAUACCCGUUGAGAAUCUUCUGAGAGCUAGAGAUUUCAAAGAGUUUUGCAACUAUCCAUGGGGGAAUUUGGCCUUUAAUUUCUUACGCAAUGAAGUGAAGGGUAUUAGCUCUGAAGUGUUGAAGAAAGAUCAAUUUGACAUCUGUGGAUUUAUAUAUGCUGUUCAGCUAUGGGCAUUAUCAUCUGUGGAUCAAAUAGGCACAUUCUUUGGAAUUAGGGAUAAUGAGAUUAAGUUUCCCUUGUGCUUGCAUUGGGUAGAAACCAAAUCUCUUACCAUGAAAGAGGUGACCAGAUUCGACAACAGUGAGAAGGUUGAUGUCAAAUGUAUACUUGGAGAUCCUGAAAUACACUGCGACUUGGUUGAAGACGUUGACAUUGAAUUUGGAAAAUUUAUUGAUCUUGUCAGAAGAGGAUACCGUCUGAAGAGACAAGAUUGGCUUAAUGGAAGUGUCAACAUUACUGUCGCUGAAGCUGAAGUGGAGAAAAACAAUUAUGAUGGUUGGAUUGAUGCAACUGAUAAAGAAAAGAUUGAAUUCCUCACUAAGCAGGCAGAGUUUUAUAAAGAAAAAGCUGGUUAUCUUGAAGGUCUUCUGAACAUUCGUCGAGAAAACGAGAAGGAAAAUGGACAGAAUUCCGAGAGGGAAUUGGGUGAAAAAGAAACUUUCCAGUCUUUCAUAGAUUCCCGAAAGCAGCAAAACACUAAGGUUGGAGAAUUAAAUGAAAAUGCCUCUAAAGAGUCCGUGCUAGUUAAAAAGAAGAAACGAGCAAGAGAAACUAAGGAAGCUGAAGCCAGCACCUCCAAAACAAAGAAAACUAAAACAAUCUGGGGUUCUAGUUGAUGUUGUGAUAUAAAGAGUAUUGGAAGAAAUGAUGCUCUUUCAGUUUCCAAUAUUUUUUUAAUCCAAAAUCAGUGUUUCAAUUUUUCAAAAUGUUAUCUUUUGUUGAUGCCUUUGAUGAGAAACAUCUUUUGCAUUGUAAGGGCUUAUAAAGCUAUCCAAAAUAACUUA